UCAAUACAAAAAAAAACCAGUGAAAUCGCACCUAACGCUUUCAUCAUGAGUGAAAAUAGUUUGAACGUAAAUAUAGAAGAAGCAUUGAAAACAAUAUUAUUCGCAGAUACCUUUGAAGAUAUAAAUGUUGAAAUAGAAGAAUCUUUAGAAACCAAUCAGGCAUUAGUUAAAGUAACAGCAUCAAAGCAGGGUGUUUCUGAAGAUUUAAAACUAGUGGCUAAUAUAGGAAAGAGUGAAAAUGUUUUGGAAGCAUUUAAAAGAGAAGCAUAUAUAUUAAAAAAUGUAAUUCCACUAUUUCUAGACUUGCAGAAGUAUUUGAAGAUACAAAAUCCUUUAACAACAUUUCCAAAAUGUUACAAUUAUCUGGAUAAAGACGGAAUUGUAAUUUUAUUACUUGAAAAUUUGGAAAAAGCUGGAUAUACCAAAAUAGAAGGUGAUUUAAAUGAACACAACUACAAAUUUGUACUAAAAACAAUUGCGAAGUUUCAUGGUCUAUCCCUUGGAUUACGUCAUCUACACCGUAACAAAUUCGACGAACUACUUGGAAAUUGUCGUAUGAUUAGUAAAAACAUGUUUGAAGAGCUAGCACAGUUUUUCACAUCUCGUAUGGAAAAGCUGAAAUUCAAUUUGAAAUUGCGUAUGAGAUUGGAUUUAUUGAAAAAAUUCGAUAAAGCACUUGAGAAUUUCAGUGGAAACAAGAUUUUAGAAAUCUUGAAUGAAACAGUAGAAAAAUCAGUAUUGGUUCACGGUAACUUUCAUCACAACAGUGUAUUAUUGAAACUUCAGGGAGAAAAUGCCACCGAUGUAGCUCUAGAAGGUUUUCAGACAUCAGGUCUUCAUUCUCCAAUAAUCGAUCUAUCUCACUACUACUUCAGUGGUAUUGGUAAUGAUUAUUUUUCUGGAGUAACCGACUUUUUGAAAUUUUAUCAUGAAGAACUUGCUUCAUUUUUGAAAACAUUGGGAUGUAACGUUGAAGAAAUAUUUUCCGUUAACACCCUCCUCGACCACUGGCAAAGAUACUCCUUUUACGGAUUCUGUUUUGCCAUAGCAUCUUUAGAAUUAGGAUCGCUCAAAUUAGAUGACGUAUUAACAGAAUUCAAAAAAGGAGAGGAAAGAGGUGAAGCUGUACAAAAAGCUCCACGAGAACCUCGAUCAGAAAAUAUUAUAGCUUAUAGAAAAAAGUUGGAGAAGAUUGUAGAAGGUUUUUUAGAGUCUGAAAUAAGAUUUUGAUGAGGAUACGAGGAUUCAGUUUUUGUUUCACAAUUUCGUAAAAUUUAAUAUGUAUCACAGUUUAUCUAGUAAUGUUUAUAAUUGAAGUUUUUAGUUCAAACAAUAAAAUUGAUGAAAACGA